AUGCCGAUCGACACGUGCCCCAUCUGCAAACGGGAUUAUGCCCUGCUGAGCCAACACCUCCCCGUGUCACAUGGCGUAAAGAACAUGGAAGAGCGGAGGCUGCUCCUGGCAUUGCAGUCCGGCAGGUCGGCAAGGCUGGACGGCCAUCUGAAGGCCCACACCAAGCUGACGGUGGCAAGUGAAAUUAAGAGGCUUCUUUGUUUAAGGCAAUUGGCUGCUCUGCGGGCCUCAGAGCUGGAGGUGCUUAUGGUGUCAACGCUGGACCUGAUGGAAGAGGAGGAGGGAGAGGUUGCUCUGGACCAAUCAGAAGAGGAGGGGGCGGAGGAGAGUGGGUGUCAUAAAAGAGCUUGCGUCCUUGCGAGGGAAACCAUGGCCCAGCUCAACUCCCAGGUGGCCCAGCUCAACUCCCAGGUGGACCCCCUCACAUCCACCUUGAAGGAGCUUUCCAGGCGCUUCCGGAUUAUGCAACGCCGCUCACACCGAAGGCCUUCGGACUUUAGGAGUAGGGCGAAGAAUCUCCUCUCCUCGUUUGUGAUCAAGGAAAACGUCGCGGAGGAAGAUGCAGUGCCAAGGCAGCAAACCUCCGACCCUGAUCCUUCCCCUCAGCAUUCCUCCUCCCAGGCAGAACCUUCCCCAGUUCCCGUACUGAACUGCGGUCUUGAAUACACUGAUGGAGCAAUACAGGGCACAUCAGGAGGGCCCUGACCCCUCCACUAAGCUGCGUGACAAUGUCGCCAGCAAAGUGUACUGCAUAAAGAGAUUUAUUGCGUACAUGGCCCAGGGAGGGGGCCGGCUCCAGACCCUGGACUUCCUCAGCGACACAGA